CUAAAUGUUUUCAUAAGUGCUUUAGAAAUUGUGGAGCUAAUUUUUGGAUUAGCGCUGCCCACCACUGCAGGUGAGUCCAGUCUUUCACUAUAAUGUUCUUCCUUAAAAAAGAUACAAAAAUAGAAUUUACAAAAAUGUACAGGGAAAGUAAUCUAGAGGCUUUCAUAAACAGUACCGAGGUAACUGAAUAAUCCGGCGAGGACUGGAACUUCCUCAGAGGCUCAAGUAGGGUUGAACCUCAUCAGCAGAAUCCAGAACAAGUGGUUAAUUGAUGGCUCCUCCCCUGCCACUCAGGAUCUGGGAAGGUAAGGGGCUCCAGGAGUGGGUUUGUGUGAUUCUGUGCCUCGUCUUCUUCAUCAUCAACUUCUUCUUCCUCCUCGUGCACUUCUCCAGCGUUCACAUCUCUAAGAUCGUCCUUGGAAUGGUUCUUGGAAUCAUGACGGCAGAUUUAGCAUCAGGGAUGGUCCCCUGGGGGGCCGAUACCUGGGGGUCUGUGGACAUCCCUGUUAUUGGAAAGCUUUGAAGGAGAACAAACGGACUGACAGACCAGGAAACACACUGAAACAUACAAACGUUUGACCUGAAACUGAAAAAGCCAACAGAAAGUGGAAAAUGUAAUAAAAACAGGUUGGAAGGACAAAAAAAGGGGGUGGAAGGGCGUGUCGGUGCAAGCAGUGGGACGGCGCCGGUUGCUGAGCGAUGGGCGAUGUGAGCCGCUGAUUAACGGAUGUCGUGCCAUGCAGCCGGUAAACGGUGUGGGAUUAGAGGACACGCAGCGACCGGGGGCCCGCCGGAGCCGCCCCGCUCCGCACGACCUCCGCAGCUUAGCCGGCCUUUCAUCUGACUGAGGGCUGCGCUGAGAGGAGGGGCUGAUGGGAAAAGAGAGGUGGUGCUGGGGGGCAGACAGGAGCAGAGAUGG